GUGAGUGAGUGUGUGUGUGUGUGUGUGUGUGUGUGUGUGUGUGCGUGUGCGUGAUGGCUUCGCAGAUUUGGGUUUUUAUCACCCAGCGGAGCCAGCAGCCUUUUGCCGCGGCGCCCUCGCCGCAGGGACCCGCGGGGACGCGGAGGGGAAGCGGCGAGCGCUGCAGCCGGGUUCCCCCAGGCUCCUCGGGGCCGAGCGUGGCCGGGACGACUAUGGACCCGCACGGCGGCCGCCGGCUCGGCGCGCGGCCGCCCGCCGAGGAGCCCAGUCCGCCGGCGUGCUGACCGGCCCGCCACCCCGCCGGUGACCCCGGACGCCGCCUCCUCCGCGCCGCCCGCGCGCCGCCCGCGCGCCGAGCCGCCCCCGGGCCCCGGCCGCGCUGCUCCCCGGAGGCGGCGGCGGGCCGGGGCCGGGGCCGGCGCCCGGCAUGGAUGGCCGCGACUUCGCGCCGCCGCCACAUCUGCUGUCGGAGCGCGGGAGCCUGGGCCACCGCAGCGCCGCCGCCGCCGCCGCCGCCGCGCGCCUUGCCCCCGCCGGGCCCGCCGCGCAGCCCCCGGCGCACUUCCAGCCCGGAAAGUACUUCCCGUCGCCGCUGCCCAUGGCUUCGCACACAGCCAGCAGCCGCCUGAUGGGGAAUUCUCCGGCGCCCUCGUUCAUGGGCAGCUUCCUCACCAGCAGCCUGGGCUCGGCGGCCCCCGCGCACCCCAGCGGCCCCACCCCCGCCCCCUCGGAGCAGGCCUACCGCGGCCCCCACCCCGCCACCUCCCAGAUCUGGUUCUCUCACUCCCAUGAAGCUCCAGGGUACCCCAGAUUUUCGGGGAGUCUGGCAUCCACCUUCCUACCCAUGAGCCACUUGGAUCACCAUGGAAACAGCAAUGUUCUCUAUGGGCAACAUCGUUUCUAUGGAACCCAAAAAGAUAACUUCUACCUGCGCAACCUGCCCCCCCAGCCCACCCUCCUGCCUGCCAACCACAACUUCCCCGGCGUGGCCCGAGCCGCCCCCGGCCACCCCAUCAGCUCCUGUAGCCGCGACCGAGGCGAGGCUGGCCCCCUGCAGAAGGGUGCCAAGGAGUUCGACCGCUUCCUCAUGGGCAGAGAGCUGGGCAGAGAGAAGGCCGGCAAGGCUGCGGAGGGCAAGGAGAGGCCGGCAGCGGGGGAGGAGGACGGCGGCAAGGAGCGGCACAAGCUCGUGCUGCCCAUGCCGGCAGACGGCCACUGCAAGGACGGCGGCGGGGCGCCCCGGGGCGCCUGCGAGGGCCGCCCCAAGCACCUCGCCUCCUGCCUCCUCAACACCAAGGUGCUCAACGGCGAGACGGGCAAGGCCUCGCUGGCCAGCUGCGCGGGGGGCAUGCUGGUGCGGCCCGGCGUGGGCGUCGCGGCCUCCGGACGCUGCACCAAGGAGGCGGCGGGCCCCGCAGAGCCCGGGCCGGCCUUCAGCGAGGGCCUGGAGAGGCGGCAGACGCGGUGCCAGGCCGCGUCCUACGCGGUGCCGUCUGGCCUGCCCGCCGGGCCGCCCCCGCCCCUCAGCACGGCCACCGGCUCCUUCCCCUGCUUGCAGCUGCACGCGGGCCCGGACGGGCUCUGCCCGCUACAGGACAAAGUCCCCCGAGACCUGAAGGCCAGCGGGCCCACCUUCGUGCCUUCCGUGGGACACCUGGCCGACAAGAGCCGCCCCUUUCAGGCAGCCGAGGCCUGUGCGGUGGCAGGUGACGGCAAAGACCGGCACCUCGAUGGGGCCUUGGCCCCUGAACACGCUGUGCCCUAUGGGGUCUCCUAUGCUCACCUGAAGGCCGAGGGCAAGACCGAGCGGCGGCCUGGGGGCUUCGAGGCGGCUCUCAACCCCCGGCUAAAGGGCCUGGAGUAUCUCAACAGCACAGGCCCCGAGACCCCCUUCUCCGGGCUCCCCAAAGGUGGUCUGGACAAAAGUGGCUACUUCGAGCUGCCUGCCCACUCACAGGACUGUGCCCGGCCGAGCCACCAGGACCCGCUGGGUGGGAAGGUCGCCCAGGCCUGCUGCACUUUAGAUAAGACCGCCAGCAAGGAGGCCCCCUCCGGUCCCCCUGGGGCCCAGAAGGUGGCCCGGAUCCGGCAUCAGCAGCACUUGGUGACCCCCGAGGUGGAGCCAGGGGGCAGUGGGGCCGAAGCCAAGCGCACGUCCCUGGAACUGGCGUCUCUGGGCUAUGGUGGGCCCCACCUACCCCCAUGGAGCAUCCAGUCGGGCCAGGGCACUGCCAUGGCCAUUGGCGAGGAGCAUAAGGCUGGCACCUACCUGGACCCCUUUAGCGGCAGCCUGCAGCAGGCCGCACUCCUGCCCCAGGAUCUGCCCGCCCCACCCGAUGAGGUCUCGGCCAUGAAGAACCUGCUCAAAUACAGCAACCAAGCGCUGGUCGUCGGCCAGAAGGCACCCUUCGUGGGCCUGGGUGGCCUCAAGGCCAGCUGUGCCCAGCAGGAUGUGAAGUUCCCCGCCUCCAAAGGCCCAGCCCAGGCCCCGGGCGAGGCAGAGAGGCCCGACUGUGCCCGAAGCCGGGAACACGACACCCCACACAGUGACGCGGAAGUGAGGCAGCCUCCCGUGGGCAUCGCGGUGGCCUUGUCCCGGCAGAAGGACACGGUGAGCCGGCCCGAGACGGCCUACGGCACCAACACCGGGCGGCAGGGCCGGGCAGCCCCUGCAUUCAAAGCAGGAGCUGGGCCCCGCUCCACCCACGUGCUGGACCUGGAGGCUGAGGAAGAAAGGGCACGCCUGUCCGAGGACCGCCUGGGGCUCGCCGGCCGGGAGCUCCUGCUUCAGGACAAGGACCGCCUGGAGUUCUCCCGGAUCCACCCGCCCGGCAGCUGCCCCGGAGACCUGGCCCCUCAUCUCAUGAUCGCCAGCGGCUCCUCGCUGCAGAACAGCCAGCUGGGCGGGGACCCAGCCCCCCACCCCCACCCUGCCCACCCCCCGUGGCUGCCCCGCACCCGCAGCCCCUCUUUGUGGAUGGGGGGGCAUUCCUACGGCCUCGGGCACCCCGCCCUGCACCAGAACUUGCCCCCCGGCUUCGCCGCCUCUGUGCCCGGCUCCAUACCCUCCGUCUUCCCCCUCUCCCAGGACAGCCCUGCACAGCUCGUCAUUCUGCCCUCGGAGCCCACGCCCCACACAGCCCCCCACGCGCUUGCUGACGUCAUGGACCAGGCCUCACUGUGGCCCCCCAUGUAUGGGGGCCGGGGCCCCGCCUCCCACGUGCAGCACCCCGGCCAGCUCCCCGUGUACUCGCGGUCCCAGCUCCUGCGCCAGCAAGAGCUCUAUGCCCUACAGCAGCAGCAGCAGCAGCAGCAGCAGAGGGCUGCGCCCGUCCAGGUACCUGCCCCAGGGCACACCCAGCGGGGACCCAGGGCUCCUUCCUCCCUCUCUGCUCCAGGCUUCCCCACCCCCCAACGCCCUGAGCAGGGGGUCGAGCCGGCUGAGCCUCUCCCUCCCCGCCAACAGCGGAAGCCCGAGGACCACCACCUGGAGCAGGAGGAGCCCACCCAGGAGAAGACCCUGAAGUCCACCCACAAGCCAGUUGCCUUAACCCCCACAGCCAAGGGCACCCCCUCACCUGCCACCAUAGGCCCUGCCAAGCUGUCCCCUUGCUGCCACUCGCCUACCCCGAAGCCCCCUGCCAGCUGCCCCACACCGCCACCGCCACCGCGUCCCGGAGCCUCGUGCACUUUAUCCGUCCGCCCCUCGGGCAGCCCCGGGCCCGGCUCCAAGCUGCCCAGCUCCGAGGACAAGAGUGGGGAGGGCCGGCGGUCCGGAGCCGACCUGAGCGCGUUGGAACCAGACCUGCCUCCCGGAUACACGUGCCCUGUGGCCAGCUCGGGCUUCUCCCUGUCCCCCAGCGUGCACUCUCCUGACCUCUCGGACCCCAAAACUAUGCAAACCGCAGCUCCCAGGGUCCAGCCUGAGCCAGCGAGGACGUUACUACCCGGGGAGCUGCCCGCCCAAAGCCCCCAGAGCCCACAGGAGCCGGGGUUGCCCUUGGGGGCCAGGGAGGCCACCCAGGACCUUGCCGCCACCCCCCACCCUGCCGAGCGGGGACCCUUGGGGAAGGCAGCAGACCUCAGCCCACUGGAGGGGCUUCGAGAACUGCGAUGUGGGGCCCUCCUCGAGGGAGGGGGCCCCGAGGCCAUCGGCCAGGCUCAUUCUACUCAGGGAGGGGCUGCAGAGGAGGGGGCCGCGGUGGAGAGGGGCACGGACGUGGGGCCAGGGCCUUCAUCGGGGGCCAGCGCCCCGGCCCCCCAGCAGCCGAAGAGCCCAGGUGGCCUCAGUGAGGCCGGGCCGGGCAAUUGGCAGGCCCCCAGGGAAGCAAAGCCGGAAGAGGGGGCUGAGUAUCAGGAGGUCGAGCUGCAGGAGGAGGAGGGCCGGGGGCCAGCUUCCAAGAACAGCCACCUGCCCAGGGCACUCCCGGGCCUGGACGCCCUGGUGGCCGCCACCAUCGACCUGGGGGACCUGCCAGGUGUCAGCCCGCCGGGCCCACAGCUCGCCGCUGCCCCUGGGCCCCCACGCACAGGCCCCUCGCCCUGUAGCUCAGGGAUUCAUGGAAUUGCCCUGCUCAGCGAGCUGGCCGACCUGGAGAUCCAGCAGCAAAGGAGGGAGCCCGCCUUGCGAGAGGAAAAGGACGUGCUGGCAUUCGACCUGCAGCGCCUGGCCACGCUGGCCUCAGCCUGGUCCCUGGUGGAGGCCGCUAGCCUGGACAGCCCCUCCUCCUCUGCCCAGCCCCCCGCUGCUGACCCCUGCAGGGCUCCCACGCUCACCCCCCGCAUGCAGAUUCUGCAACGGAAGGACACCUGGACCCCCAAGACCAAGCCUGUCUGCCCCCUGAAGGCCGCCAUCGACCGGCUGGACACGCAGGAGGUGGAGAUGCGCGUCCAGCUGGCAGAGCUGCAGCGGCGCUACAAGGAGAAGCAGCGGGAGCUGGCUCGCCUCCAGCGCAGACACGACCACGAGAGAGAGGAGAGCUCGCGCAGCCCCGCGAGGCGGGGGCCCGGCCGGCCGAGGAAACGCAAGUACCCCAGCUUGCUGCCCGCCCUGCGUCCUGGGGGCCAGCUCCCCAGGGGCGACGGCAAGAAAGUCAAGGCGGUGCGGUCCAGCCUGAGCCUGCUGUGUGCUGAGCUGCGGGGUGGCGAGGAGCCUGCGAGGAAGCAAAGCCGACUGGAGAGCAGCGUCUACGUGGGCCUGCAGCCGGCCUCUGCGGAAAAGGUCCGGUGCAAGAGAAGCAGCGGCCAGGGCGAGCUGGCGUCUGCCAUGGCCCACAAGGUGGCCCAGCUGAAGCCGAAAGUGAAGAGCAAAGGGCUGCCCGCCGGCCUCAGCCCCUUCAGGCGGAAGGAGGCCGCCCCAGGGGGACGCAUCCGGAAGAAGCUGUCCAGAGCCAAGAGCACCAAGGUGCCGGGGGCCGCCCGGCACACGCAGCCGGAUGGCGGUGGCGGCAGCAGGGAGACGCCCAAGUUCCCAGCCCAGUCGGCGGUGGCCCCGGCACACGAGGCAGGCGCCGGCUAUGACAGCGAGAACGGCAUAGAUUUCUUGGGGGCAGAGGCACCCCCCAAGGAGCCCGGGCUGGCGCUGCAUGGGGGGGCCAGUGUGGCCGUGCUGGGGCCCUCACCCUCUUCCGUGGUCAAGAUGGAGGCCAACCAGAAGGCCAAGAAGAAGAAGGAGAGGCAGGGCUUACUAGGGGCCUGCCGCCUGUCCAGCCCAGAGAGCGAGGUCAAGGUCAAGAGGCGCACGGUGAAGGCCAAGGUGGGCACCAAGCUGGAGCGGGCCCCAGGACGCAGGCCCCCAGGCGCACCAGGCAAAAAGAAAGCCAAGGGCAAGGCCAAAGGUGGCCUGCGGGCGGAGCCGGGGACCACCCCCAGCAGGGACACCCUCUUCAGCCCCGCCCGCGCCUUCACCUGCCGUGAGGAGGGCAGCAAGCUGGCCAGCGAGCGCCUCAAGAGGGCCACACGCAAGAGCACAAUCCUCCAGCCGGGACUGCGGCGGAAGAACGGGGCCCUGUCCAUCGCCCUGUCGCCACGCAACGCCAAGGCCAUCCUGGGGAAGGGCAGGAAGGUGGGCAAGGUGAAAAGCAAGGCUGUCGGCAAGCAGGGCAAGGGCCGGGCAGUGAGUCGGCUGCUAGAGAGCUUUGCUGUGGAAGACGACUUUGCAUUUGACGACAACGGCAGCUUUGAGGAGGAGGAGGAGGAAGAGGAGGAGGACGAAGCGGAGGAAGAGCCCGCUGGGGCCAGCGGUCCUCUGAGCGCGGAGCAGAGCGCCGCCCUGGCUGGCUCGUGCACCAUCCACAAGGAGGAUCUGCAGGACGGGCUGCCCGUGCUCAUUCCCAAGGAGGACAGUCUGCUGUACGCGGGCAGCGUCAGGACCCUGCAGCCCCCCGACAUCUACAGCAUCGUCAUCGAGGGCGAGAGAGGCAACAGGCAGAGAAUCUACUCGUUGGAGCAGCUGCUGCAGGAGGCGGUGCUGGAUGUCCGGCCACAGUCCAGCCGCUACCUCCCACCCGGCACGAGGGUCUGUGCCUACUGGAGCCAGAAGUCACGUUGCCUGUAUCCAGGCAACGUGGUCCGAGGUGCCUGCAGUGACGAGGAAGGGGACCUGGACUCCGUGGUCGUGGAGUUUGAUGACGGGGACACCGGCCACAUCGCCGUCUCCAACAUCAGGCUGCUGCCUCCGGACUUCAAAAUCCAGUGCACCGAGCCCUCGCCCGCCCUGCUGGUGUCCAGCAGCUGCCGGAGGACCAAGAAAGCCUCCUUCGAGGCCCCUCCCCCCGGCGAGACCACCGCCCCCAGCCUGUCUCCCAAGGCGCACGAAGGCCCCGAAGCCUCCAAGCCCCCGGGGAAGAAAUCCGUCGGCAAAGACAAAGCUGGCAAAGCGGAGCUCCUGACCUCAGGCGCCAAGCCCCCGCCCGCCGCCCCCGCCGCCGGGGCCUCGGACCACUUCCUGGGCCGCCGGGGCAGCCCGCUGCUGAGCUGGUCGGCGGUGGCGCAGACAAAGCGGAAGGCGGCGGCCGCGGCGGGCGGCAAGGGGCCCGGCGUGCUGCAGAAUCUCUUCCAGCUCAACGGCAGCGCGAAGAAGCUGCGGGCCCGGGAGGCGCUGUUCCCCGUGCACAGCGUGGCCGCGCCCGUGUUCGGCAACGGUUUCCGGGCCGACUCCUUCAGCAGCCUGGCCAGCUCGUACGCGCCCUUCGUCGGCGGGGCCGGGCCGGGCCUGCCCGGGGGCGCCCACAAGCUGCUGCGGGCCAAGAAGGCCGAGCGGGCAGAGGCCGAGAAGGGCGCGCGGCGGCGGGCGGGCGGCGAGUUCCUGGUCAAGCUGGACCACGAGGGCGUGACCUCCCCCAAGAACAAGAACUGCAAGGCGCUGCUCAUGGGUGACAAGGACCUCGGGCCCAAGCUGGGGCGGCCCCUGCCCAGCCCCAGCUACGCGCACCCGGCCCUCGUGGGCAAGGACAGGAAGGGGCGGGCGCCCGUGCACCCGCUGCCCAUGGGGCUGGCGCUGCGCAAGUUCGCGGGCCAGGCCGAGUUCCCGCUGCCUUGCGACAGCGACUGUCACAGCUCCUACUCGGACGACGAGGAGGACGGGCCCGGGCUGGCCCCCGGCGUGCCCUCCCGCUUCCUCGCCCGCCUGUCCGUGUCGUCCUCCUCCUCAGGCUCCACCACCUCCUCCUCCUCGGGCUCCCUGUCCACCUCCAGCCUCUGCUCCUCGGACGACGAGGGCUCGUCCUACAGCUCGGACGACGAGGACCCGGCGCUGCUCCUGCAGACCUGCCUCACCCACCCCGUGCCCGCCCUCCUGGCCCAGCCCGAGGCCUUGCGCUCCAAGGGGGGCGGGCCCCACGCGCACGCGCAUGCGCAGCGCUGCUUCCUGUCCAGGGCCGCGGUGGCCGGCGGGGGCGCGGGCACCGGCCCGAGCGGCGGCAAGUCCAAGCUCAAGCGCAAGGAGGCCCUGAGCUUCUCCAAAGCCAAAGAGCUUUCCCGGAGGCAGCGGCUGCCCUCCGUGGAAAACCGGCCAAAGAUCUCAGCCUUCCUGCCUGCCCGGCAGCUCUGGAAGUGGUCGGGGAACCCCACACAGAGGCGGGGCAUGAAGGGGAAAGCCAGGAAGCUGUUCUACAAGGCCAUCGUCCGGGGCAAGGAGACGCUGCGCAUCGGGGACUGUGCCGUCUUCCUGUCGGCCGGGCGGCCCAACCUGCCCUACAUCGGCCGCAUUGAGAGCAUGUGGGAGUCCUGGGGCAGUAACAUGGUGGUGAAGGUCAAGUGGUUCUACCACCCGGAGGAGACGAAGCUGGGGAAGCGGCAGAGUGACGGGAAGAACGCGCUGUACCAGUCCUGCCACGAGGACGAGAACGACGUGCAGACCAUCUCCCACAAGUGCCAGGUCGUGGGGCGGGAGCAGUACGAGCAAAUGACACGGAGCCGGAAGUGCCAGGACCAGGACCGGCGGGACCUCUACUACCUGGCGGGCACCUAUGACCCCACCACGGGCCGGCUGGUGGCAGCCGACGGGGCGCCCAUCCUGUGUUGAGCCCGGCUGCGUGGGCAGAGCCGGGGAGCCCCCCCCUCCCCCCGCCAACGCCGCAGCCAGGAGCAAAUAUGCAACCCCCCCGACCCCGCGGCGGGUGCCGGCUUCGCAUCACUGUCCCUGGCGAGCGGGCACUCCCGCGUGCGGCCCGUCCCGUCCGGAGAGUCGUCCAGCCUGGGCCGGCCCAGCCGGCGCCCUGGAUCCCCAUCGGCCGUUCCCGAGAGAUUAGAAUCCAAGCCAUAUUUUCCCUAGUACCUCCGACUGUCUCCCACCAGGGAAAGCAGAAAUCAGGUGUGUUGUCUAUUUAUUUCUCUAUGUAAAUAUUGUAUUUCUGCGGGAAGUUUUAUGGAAAAAAAUAGUGGAAAAGGAUUUUUUUCCCCACACGCGUGACAAGGGUGUAUGUGCACGUGUGUGUGUGUGUGUGUGUGCGUGUGUGCGCGUGUGUGUGUGGGUGUGUGUCUAGGCUUUGUUCUGGGGGGUUUUCGUUGAAAAUGCACUGUUUUGCUCAGCCUGGCUGAGUUCCGACAGGGGCGUCUGUGGCGACAGAGGCAGCUGAGGGUGGGGGUGGCCACAGGAGGGGGACCCUCGGGUACACCACCCAUCUCGGGGGCUGAGAUGGAAGUCACACUCGACUUUAUUUCCUUUUAAUCCACCUCCUAGGAAGACCGUAUUGGGGGGCGGGGGAGGGGAGGAGGGCGAUGGUGAGGGUCCCUGGGGAGAGAAGGGAUUCCAGAAGCUGAGAUAAAAAUCAGGAUCAGCGGGUCCCCCAGCCCGGGAUCGUGACAGCAGCCAUAAAUGUAUCUUACCUCUGUUAAAAACGAAACAAAAAUGAACAAAUAUUUUUAAGUAUCGAUACAAAAAAGUGAUGUUUUCAUUUUAUUUCCUGAAUAUCCCAAGUUCUUUCUGAUUUCUGUUUUGAUGGCCAAUUUGCCUAGCCUCCACUCAGAGCAGGGACGGGAUUGGCCCCCACCAACUUACAUGGAGGUUUCUGGGCCUUCUCUGUGGCCACUGGGAAGGCAGACAGCAUGACCAGUUGGUGCCUGGGGUGCGGAGCGAGCAGGGGUCCCUCCUGCCCGCCCGAGCCCACACCCUAGCCAAGUGCAAGGAGCACCCCUCCGGGGCGCUCACCCCUCCACCCAGUGCUGGACGGGUGGCCCAGACUCUCAGCGCCACCCCAGGAGCCUCAGAACACUUGUCACCUCUUCACUUCUCCUGUGGCCGAGAGACAGGGCAAGCCAGACGCGGCCCAACCACCCUUGUCCCUGAAACGUACUGAGGGCCACAUGUCCUCAUGUGCCACCACACCCACUGGGAGCCCCAGGAAAGCCCCCCCCCCACGUGAGUCACUGAUCCUUAGGACGAGUUUUUGUGUGACCACAGACCUGCAGCCCAGGUCCCCGGGAAACAUGGGGUGUCGGCAGGUGCCCGGCACCCCAACCCGGCCCCUCUCCGCCCCCUUCCUUUUCAGCCAGGAAACCAUCCCGGCCCCACCUCCCACUCCCGGCUCCGUGGGAAAUGCAGGGGCAGGGAGGGGGGGGGGGGUCCCCUGCGCCCCGGCCUACCUCUCCCACCCCAUUCUCCCCUUUGUCUCCGCACGAGUGCAAUAUUUCAUUCCUGGCGGUCACCCGGGAGGCGGUGCCCGAGGGCCUGCUCGCGGCUGGAGAAGCAGAAGGCUGCCCGGAGGAGAAGACCUGCCCGGUGCCAGGGCGCCGAGUGGGGACAGCUCAGCCGCAAAAGUUCAAACCCCAGGCACCGAGCGAAGGAAACCCUUUUUCUCGGCCCUCGUGUCGAUUCUCUGCCCUCCUCCCCCGCCUUCUCUUCCUCUUCUCUCUCCCUCUAUCUGUGCGCGUGGGCGGCGCGGCCCUCCCUCUAACCGUGGUUAGACCUGGCGAAGCACGACUAUUGUAAAUGUGUAAACUAAGAUGGUUGGAUUUUUUUUUCCAAUGUAAACACUAAAAACAAACAAACAAAAAACAAAACACAAAGGUUUUAUGAACAGCAAACUCUAUGUAAAGGCAUUUUAGUAUUAAAUUUUUUAUUGAUAACUCGCUUAAGAAUAAAUAUAUGAACUAUUGUACAGGU